CAAGGCCCCGGGAUGGUCCUCCGUAAACAACGUCGAUCUGGCUAUAAAAGCGGGCGGCUGCCUGUUCACCAAACGGUUCUCAUUUGGAUCAUCUCAUUCUAUCCUUAUUCUUACUAGUAUAAUGCUUAAUUAAUCUAUCUAUUCAUCUCUACUUACCUCUUUUUAAUAGCCAUAAUGAAAGACCGAACAAGCGAUCAUAUUCAUUUUCCUCAGCAUGCUCAUCGGAUUCCACGACGCUCAGAUGGUGUCAGUGGAUAUAGCGAUUUGCUGGGGAGGGCGGUGUUGAUAUCCAUCAUCAAUUACCUUGCUGAUGUUGUCGAUGCAAUUGAAGACAUCAAGCUGCCCAAACAGCACAAAGAUCGUACCAAGUUGAAGAACGAUAAGAAGAGAAUGUGCGACACCGCUGUCAGAGGUGCAAACACGUUGACAGCCCUGUUCAAUUCGGCAAAGGGCCAGACCAAGUACACUGACCCAGCCCCAAAGAACUUGCCGCUCUACCGAGACGAAAUCCGGGGUCAGUUAUUGUAUCCCCUGUCGAAAGCCAAGACAUCGAAGCCCAGCCUUGGCAAAUCUUUCACAUUCGCCCCAUGGCAACAAAGACUCACCGCUAUAUUGUCCGGUAUCGAGGAAGAAGUCUGCUGGUGGCUCAGGCUUCAACGUCCAACCAAGGCAUAUGAUAAGCGCUCAACGACACAUAGUCACACAACCAAGACAUAUGGCCAACGCUCUACCGCUAGCAAGCCUUAUGAUCAAUACUCUACACGCACGGGGAAGACUGAUCAGCGAUCGUCGAGGCCCAAGCAGUCAAAGAGCCAUUCUCAGCGAGGGAAAAGAAGCCGUUCGCCUUCACCCUCUGGUGGAUGUGCUGUUAUGUAGCUGGCUACAUCUAAUUGAGAAGCAGUAGCUAGUCCUACUUACAAAAUUUGGAUAUUUACGGUUUAUGGAAGCAACGGAUCAUGAAGGAAUGAAAACAUGGGUGGCACGGAUUUUGCUUAGGGAUAAAAAUGGAUUCAGGGAGUCGCUGGCACGGAUAAAAUUGGGACAAGGACGGCGGUAUCUUUUGGAGCCAAAUUGCAUAUAUCAUGGGACGGAAACUUGUUUGCAGCAUAGGAUAAAAUACACCAUUCGCGAAUUGAAUUGAUACCUUGUUACUUAUGAGCA